AUGGCCAGUCAGCCGCCAGACGACACGGCAGAGGCUCAGGUCUCUGACGAGCUCGAGUGUAAGAUCUGUUAUAAUCGGUACAAUCUGAAGCAGAGGAAACCCAAAGUGCUGGAGUGUUGUCACAGGGUUUGUGCCAAAUGCCUCUACAAGAUCAUCGACUUUGGGGACUCCCCGCAAGGCGUCAUUGUCUGUCCUUUCUGUAGGUUUGAGACCUGCCUGCCAGAUGAUGAAGUCAGUAGCCUGCCCGAUGACAACAACAUCCUGGUAAACUUGACUUGUGGAGGCAAAGGCAAGAAGUGCCUGCCCGAAAACCCUACCGAGCUGCUGCUGACACCCAAGAGGCUGGCGUCUCUCGUCAGUCCUUCUCACACUUCCUCCAACUGCCUGGUCAUAACCAUCAUGGAGGUGCAGAGGGAGAGCUCCCCAUCUCUGAGCUCCACUCCCGUGGUGGAAUUUUAUAGGCCUGCGAGUUUUGACUCUGUUACCACCGUGUCACACAACUGGACUGUGUGGAACUGUACAUCUCUACUCUUCCAGACGUCUAUCCGGGUGUUGGUUUGGCUGCUAGGUUUGCUCUACUUCAGCUCCUUACCCUUAGGGAUCUACUUACUGGUGUCUAAGAAAGUCACCCUUGGGGUCGUCUUUGUCAGCCUCGUCCCUUCGAGCCUUGUUAUUCUCAUGGUGUAUGGGUUCUGCCAGUGCGUUUGUCACGAAUUUCUAGACUGUAUGGCACCUUCUUCUUAA